UGCGGAGCAGGAAAACUUUUUUUUUUUGGGGGGGGGAACUUGGAGACGGCUGCAUCACAUCGGAGCUACGUGAUGCAAAGUAAAGAACUCUUGUACGCCGAGUUAAGUUUCAAAGGCAACUUUUGUCGUUGAGGCACAAUGGGACUCCCCACGCUGGAGUUCAGCGACUCUUUCCUGGACAGCCCGGACUUCAGAGAGCGGCUCAAAUGCCAUGAAAUAGAGCUGGAGCGGACCAAUAAAUUCAUCAAAGACCUCAUCAAAGAUGGGAACAUGCUUAUCACUGCGCUCAAAAAUCUUUCUGCUGCUGUCCAGAAGUUCUCCCAGUCCUUGCAGGAGUUCCAGUUUGAGUGCAUCGGUGAUGCAGAGACAGAUGACGAGGUGAACAUCGCCCAGUCAUUCAAAGAGUUCUCCCAGCUGUUGACCACUGUAGAAGAAGAAAGAAGACGCUUGAUUCAGAAUGCAGAUGAUGUGUUGAUUACUCCCUUGGAGAGGUUUCGUAAGGAGCAAAUCGGUGCUGCCAAGGAGGGGAAGAAGAAAUUCGACAAGGAAACAGAGAAAUACUACUCCACGCUUGAGAGACACCUCAACUUAUCAUCCAAAAAGAAGGAAGCCUAUCUACAGGAGGCUGACACGCAGAUUGAUAAGGAGAGACAACUCUUCUACGACGCGUCCCUUGAGUAUGUUUUCAAAAUACAAGAAGUGCAAGAAAAGAAGAAAUUUGAGUUCGUUGAGCCGCUCCUGGCCUUCCUUCAGGGCUUGUUCACAUUCUACCAUGAAGGAUAUGAGCUGGCUCACGAGUUUGAGCCGUACAAACAGCAGCUGCAGUUCAACCUACAGAACACACGAAACAACUUUAUGAGCACUAAGCAGGAAGUGGAGAAGCUGAUGAAGAGGAUAAGGUCUGCAGAUCAGGACUAUAAACCCCCGGGCCAGUGGACGAUGGAAGGCUUCCUGUACGUCCAGGAGAAACGUCCCCUGGGAUGCACUUGGACGCGUCAUUACUGCACAUACGAGAAAGGCAGCAAGACCUUCACCAUGAGCAACACCGAAACCAAGUCUGCUGGGAAACAGAACGGUCUCGUCGUGAACCAGCCGGAGAUGUUCAAGCUCAAGUCCUGCAUUCGGAGGAAAACGGACUCCAUCGACAAGCGUUUCUGCUUCGAUAUCGAAGUGAUGGAGAGGCAUGGCGUGAUGACACUGCAGGCACUGUCGGAGUCCAACAGAAGAUUGUGGCUGGAGGCCAUGGAUGGCAAGGAGCCGAUUUACAACCUGCCAGCCAUAUUGAGCAAAAAGGAGGAGACAUUUCUUAAUGAGGCGGGAUUUAACUUCGUAAGGAAAUGCAUUGACCUGGUGGAGAAUAGAGGCUUAACUACAAUGGGACUGUACAGAAUCGGAGGAGUCAACUCCAAAGUACAGAAGCUGAUGACCACGGUCUUUUCAUCCAAGGCUCCUGUGGAUAUGGACCUGGAUCCGGAGACGUGGGACAACAAAACUAUCACCAGCGGCCUGAAGAAUUACCUCAGGUGUCUCUCUGAGCCUCUAAUGACAUUCAAGCUCCACAAAGACUUUGUCCUGGCUGUUAAGUCCGAUGACCAGAACUACAGGGUGUGUGCUGUCCAUGCAUUGGUUCAUAAGCUUCCCGAAAGGAACAAGGAAAUGCUGGAGCUACUAAUAAAACACCUUGUCACAGUUUCCACUCAAAGCCAGUCCAACUUGAUGACGGUGUCCAACCUGGGGGUCAUUUUUGGGCCCACCCUGAUGCGGUCACAAGAGGAAACCGUGGCCGCCAUGAUGAACAUCAAGUUUCAGAACAUUGUGAUGGAAAUACUUAUCGAGAACUUCAACAAGGUUUAACAUAGUCUCGCUUUGCCAGACCUUCCUCCACAGCCACAAUCACUCCAUCACUCAGCAGGUUUUAAUGAGGGCCCUGUCUGCCUCUUCUCUGGUCCCUGCAUAGGUGACACUCUCAGCAGCAGUGCGAGCAGCACUCCCAUGGGCAGCAUGGAGUCUUUGUCCUCCCACUCCUCCGAGCAGAACAGCUCCUCCAAAACCGCUUCCUGUUCUCAGGCCAAGGACAAGUCGCUGCCGGACCUCCGCCGCUCGCCGUCCCAGCUCUCAAACGGCCCCAGGAGCGCUGUGUGUGUCAGCAGCCCCGAGUCCAGCUCCAGGGAGGACACCGGGCAUACAGACAGAGAGUCUGAGGACGCCGUCAGCCUGUCCUCAGUCAGCGCCGUGCCCUGGCUGUCGCCCGCCCCCAAAAAAGCCCCGCACUGCCGCAUCGACCUCAGGCCGGCCCUGCUGAACCGCUCAGCUGCUCCCUCUCUGAAAUCACUGCAUAUAUCUGAAGGCCACAGGAGCUGCUCUGGAUCUGUCCAAAGUCUGUCCAAACUGGAUCCCAGUGAGAGUUUAAAGCCUGCCAAGCAGCCAGACCUUCCACCCAAACAAGUGCUGCGCUGCAGGAUGGACGCCUCCGUCAGCAACGGCUACCAAAGACCUGGCUCAGUGGUCGCUGCCAGAGCACUGCUUUUUGAAAAUGCCUCUUCCCCACAAUCUGUUCCAGUCGGAAGAGACGCCAAAGCGAUGUAUUCCUGCGAGGCAGAGCACAGCCACGAGCUCAGCUUCCCCCAGGGGGCGCACUUCUCAAACGUCUACCCGUCUGUUGAACCAGGCUGGCUCCAAGCAACAUACGAGGGGAAAAAAGGUUUAAUCCCUGAGAAUUACGUCGUCUUCCUCUAACAAGAUUUUAAACAUUGCAUCUUUUUCAUGGCAUCCAUGAAAAAAAAAAAUUAUAAUACACAAUGUGGCUGAUUGUUGUAAUGUUUGUGUUUUUGCUGGUAACUGAAAUUUGUCUUAGCAGAUGCUUUAAAGGUCCCAUGACAUGGUGCUCUUUGAAUGCUUUUAUAUAGACCUUAGUGGUCCCCUAAUACUGUAUCUGAAGUCUCUUUUAUAUACAGUAGG